CGGGGCGGCCGGGAGGAACCGCGUCCAGGGGCGGGAGGGAGAUCCGCCGCGGAGUGACGGGAAAGUUGGUCCGAGUUCUCGGGAGUUUCCCGGUGUGCUCCCCCGCGUUCGCCCGGCGGCUCCCAGGCUGCUUUCCUCUCUGCCGCCCUCCCGGUCCACUCGGCCCCUCUUUCUGCCGCCGGCCGCCAUGGAGCAGCCGCCGGCGCCCAAGAGUAAGCUAAAAAAGCUGAGUGAAGACAGUUUGACUAAGCAACCUGAGGAGGUUUUCGAUGUAUUGGAGAAGCUUGGAGAAGGGUCUUAUGGAAGUGUUUUUAAAGCUAUACAUAAGGAAUCUGGUCAAGUUGUUGCAAUUAAGCAAGUACCUGUUGAGUCAGAUCUUCAGGAAAUAAUUAAAGAAAUUUCCAUAAUGCAGCAAUGUGACAGCCCCUACGUGGUGAAGUACUAUGGCAGCUACUUCAAGAACACAGACCUGUGGAUCGUCAUGGAGUACUGUGGAGCUGGCUCUGUCUCGGACAUCAUUCGGUUACGGAACAAGACGUUGACAGAAGAUGAAAUUGCAACUAUUCUAAAAUCUACAUUGAAAGGAUUAGAAUAUUUGCAUUUUAUGAGGAAAAUACACAGAGAUAUAAAAGCUGGGAAUAUUCUCCUCAAUACAGAAGGACAUGCAAAGCUUGCAGAUUUUGGAGUGGCUGGCCAGUUAACAGACACAAUGGCCAAACGCAAUACUGUGAUAGGAACCCCAUUUUGGAUGGCUCCUGAGGUAAUUCAAGAAAUAGGUUACAACUGUGUGGCUGACAUCUGGUCCCUUGGCAUCACUUCUAUAGAGAUGGCAGAAGGGAAACCCCCUUAUGCUGACAUACAUCCAAUGAGGGCUAUUUUUAUGAUUCCCACAAACCCGCCACCAACAUUCAGGAAGCCUGAGCUCUGGUCUGACGACUUCACCGAUUUUGUUAAGAAGUGCUUAGUGAAGAGUCCUGAGCAGAGAGCCACGGCAACGCAGCUGUUACAGCAUCAUUUUAUCAAGAAUGCAAAGCCCGUGUCAAUACUGAGGGACCUGAUCACGGAAGCCAUGGAAAUCAAAGCCAAAAGGCACCAAGAGCAGCAGCGGGAGCUGGAAGAGGAGGAAGAAAAUUCGGAUGAAGAUGAGCUGGACUCUCACACUAUGGUGAAGACGGGUUCAGAAAGUGUGGGCACAAUGCGGGCCACCAGCACAAUGAGUGAAGGGGCCCAGACGAUGAUUGAGCACAACAGCACGAUGCUAGAAUCAGACCUGGGGACCAUGGUUAUAAACAGUGAGGAUGAGGAUGAAGAAGAUGGAACCAUGAAAAGAAAUGCCACAUCGCCCCAAGUACAAAGACCGUCUUUCAUGGACUACUUUGAUAAGCAGGACUUCAAGAACAAGAGUCAUGAAAAUUGUGAUCAGAGUGUUCGUGAGUCCUGCCCUGUGUCCCCGAGGGCUUUUCCCGAUGACUGGAGAGUCCCUCAAGAUGGAGACUUUGACUUUUUAAAAAAUCUAAGUUUGGAGGAACUACAGAUGCGGCUGAAAGCCCUGGACCCCAUGAUGGAGCAGGAGAUUGAAGAACUGCACCAAAGAUACAGUGCGAAGAGGCAGCCCAUCCUGGACGCCAUGGACGCGAAGAAGAGGCGGCAGCAGAACUUCUGACCCGUCCAUCAGUGUGAGCGGAGACCAAGCAGCCCCGGAACUGAAGGACUGUACUCCUUUUUAAUCCCUAAAUGUAUGUUCUACAGUUUUGCAAAAGUCAAAAACUAAUGAUGGUACACACCUAGAUAAAUUCCUGAAGGCAAACUUUACAGUUGCAUCCACUCUGACUUCAUUUUGAAAGGAUGAGGACGAUAGGUAGCUCUUUCUGCCAGCUCUUCCACCAGCAACCGAACCAGUCCAAGAGCAGAGCUGCUGCUCUAUGGCGCCGUACUGGAGGGCUUUAUGUUACAGUGUUCCUUAUUCCUAUGGAGAAGCCUAUUUAUUGUACCCCUAGGUAGACUUAUUUAUUUAUGCAGUUUCACUUUUUGUUUUUGAAAGACAAGAUCAGGAUAGUUUUGGUGAAUAUCCGGACACAUUGACAGAUGAUAAUAUACAACUAAAUUGUACAUGAAGCAGGGAGCUAUAGGUGUGUUCCUUCAUCUCCAAUACAAACAGAGCAGCAAGGGCAAUAAUAUCAAAUGGACCAGACAUUUUUAUACUGAAGACUUAAUUCCAUUUCUCCCCUUUGAAGUGUUAAUUCUUGACUUUAAUAUUGGUACAAAUAAGGCUAUAUAUAUGUAGGUCAGACAGAAUUAUACCAUGUAAGACCAAAGAAAUCAAUGAAUCCUUGCACAAAAAAAGGUGUGGGAAAUACUUUUUAAAGAACUGAAACCUGAGAAGACAAUGUAAUGGUUAACAUUUCCUGUAUUGGUCCGCAGUAAUCUCAUCAAAUUUACUCUGCGAAAAUUGCUUUUGUCAUAGGACUUUUUGUUGAUUUCACUUAUUUCCUGGGAGUUGAUAGGUAUCAUGUAUCUGACAAUAACAAAACAGGAAAAAUGUUUGUACUUAACUGGGUGUCCUUGGGGCCUGAAAAAAAAACCAAACAAAACAGAUUUAAGCUAGAAAGAGACUCGUUUCUGAGCGGAAUUACCGCUUGUGUAACUGAACCGGGACCAUCCUUUCCUGCGCUACACACGGCCAUUUUGAGUGUGUGUUCCUUAUGUGUUGAUUACUAUGUGUACAUCAUGAAGACAAAUAAAUUCCAUUGUGCCACCCA